AUGCGCCGCCGUGACCUCCGACGAACGGUGACAGGCGUGGGGACACGGAAGACCGACACGCAGGGAGAGGGACCUACACUAACAUACAGAGAAAACGAGAGGAGCCGGUCACGACGUCGCGCCACGGACGACCCGCCCCCGCCCCCGGGGUCACCGACCGCUGGGGAGGGAGUGUUCCGGGAGAUAGCUUCUGAGGCUUGGCUGACGACUGUCGAGUGGCCAAUAAAUACUUUAUAUACAUAUACGUAUCUACAUGUACUCAGGUCUGCGGGUAGAACGAUUUGGUCUGCACUUUGUACGCUCGAGUCGCCCCGAGUGGAGCCGGGCGCCGUACACUAG